UUAAUUUGGACUCUCAAACAACGCCGAAGCACGGACCUGUCGGCUUCCGUAGGACGUUACGCAUUAUCUCUGCGCGUUUGUUCCGUAAACCGGCUGCACUGAGGCCCGUCACGACGAUUACAUCAUCGUGAAGUCCAGUGACAGCCACGGCGUCGACGUGUGUGUCUGUUGACAUGGGAUAGAGUGGGCCAACAACAGUCCGGCAAAGUCUCGCUCCUCCUGUUCUCUCAUCUGCUCUGGUCGCAUGAUUCAUAAAUCACUGGUUUGCUCUAUGAAAUGGUGACGACACGUCGGGGAGAUCAUGGCGCCUCCCGUGACGGCUGCGCUGCUGAUGGACAGGCCGGAGAGGCCGUGACUUCAACGCCGAUCUGAUGACGAGCAGCGCCGGCCAUGUCUGUGAACUCGCUCCUGCGAUGCAGCCUCAGGCUACAGAGGAAACGCGUGGCCAUACGUUUUGUCCUGCAAAGAGCUCUGUCGGGGGCAGAUGCUGUCUACGCACUCAGACCAUUUUAUUUUGCCGUCCAUCCAGACUUCUUUGGUCAACAUCCCAGAGAACGGGAAGUAAACGAGAACUCAUUAAAGAGACUAAAUGGCUAUCUGGAAAACCUGCAGAAGCCCGACUCCCGCUCACUUCAGCCUGUGAAGCUCACCUUUUACGUCAGGGACACAAAAGACAGCGGUGACAUGCAGCCAGACCUCCUCAUCUCAGGGUUCCGGUCGGUGAGUUUCACGCUGCAUACUCAAGAUGUCUUGAGCACAGUGGUGAAUAUCUUAAAGUCCUGCAGCCUGUCGGUGGACCACAUGAAGGGACUGAAAGCGAGUACAGAGACCUGUGAAAGUCCACCUGAAGCAGGUGUCCCUUUCUACCGACCUAUCAGGUGGGAUAAGAGCUACUACACCUUCACUGGCUUCACAGACCCUGAGCAGGAGCUACAGCAGGCCAGACGAGUGGAGCCGACACUCGGCUUGUGGCUGAGGAACAACGAACCCGAGGCCACGAAGAAGCACAACGCUAGUCUUCCCCGAAGAGAAGAGCUGAAGAGACUGAAGAAGGAACUGUGUCACAGAUUCAAUCUGGCUGAUAUCAGGUGGCAGCGCAGCUGGGGAGUGGCCCACCGGUGCUGUCAGCUACAGAGUCUGAGCCGCCUGUCUCAGCAGAACCCAGAGGCUCUGAUCCACCUUCAAGGACACACUGUUGUGUUUGCCGACCAGUCAGGGAUGAACGCCUCUGGACACAUCAUGCUGGGAACCAUGGACGUUCACAGUCAGUGGAUUAAACUGUUCCAGCAGCUCCCCAGCUAUCGCAGCCUGCAGCAGCAGACGGACUGGCUGAAGGAGAGGAUCGGCCUCCUGCUGGGGGGCACCCAGGUGGUCCACGUGGAGAGGCUGGGCCCAGUUCAGCCCAUCGCCGAGCACUACGGCACCCUCAGUACCUUCCACAAGAGGCUGGUGUCCCCACACCUCCGCCUGCACCCCCGGAGCCUGCAGGGGCUCUCCAUUUUAUUGGAGAACCACCGCACUAACCCCAGUCUUCACGAGAUGGGUCACUUCAUCAUCCCCGCCAACUGUGACCCUCCCAGGCUGCAGGUCUUCCUGCAGGGCCACGCCGCCGAAGCCAGACGGCGCACACAACAGAGAAACCGCUUUGUUAUUGACUCUUGUGUCCAGGCUGCAGGCGGAGGAGGAGGCUGCGGUGAAGCUCUGUCUCCAGAGUCUGUCUCUGGGGAGUCUGAGCAAGGAGCCGAGCGUCAGCUCCGGGCAGAUGAUCCAGUGCUGCAAGAGGCUGGUGGAGCAGCGCUCGCCCCUCAUGCAAGGCUUCCACGUCUGCAUCUCCCACUUCUACUCGGUCAUGCAGGACGGGGACCUGUGUCUCCCCUGGAACUGGAAGAGCUGAACUCCCAGAGAGAGAGAGAGACACAGGGUUUCACUCAGUCCAGACUCGGACAGAGGUGUUUGUUCUGGCAGCACUUAUACACAUCUUCAACAUGUCAGGACGUCACAACGGAUGGAGACCUGAGGUGGUUCGUUCAAGAUUAAUGCGGACUCGGAACAAAAAGCACUUUAUCCUCCCGCUGGAAAGAGCCAAAGAGAAAGAGAAAUGGAUGGUCAGAUUGAGGGCUCCCCCCAUGGGGACAUCAUUGAAAUGAUGAAAAUGAAAACGAUUAAAAACACUAAUGCUGCAUAAAAUGUUAGUUUUUUUGACAGAAAGUCAGAGAAGCAGAUGUUGUUGAUGGUUUUGUAAAUUAAAUGCUAUUAAAUACUGUU